AGACGAAGGAAUAAAAAAUAAUAAUAAUAAUUUCUAUUUCACAUUGCAAAGAUUCCGCAGCACUCAAAACCAACGCUUUAUUGGUAGAAGAAAAAAAACUAAGGAUCAUGGGAACCUCAGCUGCUAUGGAUCAAUUUGAUGAAUCCAUGAAGAAACAAAUAGCAUCACUUUUGCGGGUUAUGAAUUUAGUUAAAUCUUUCAAACAGGAUAAUACUCCUUGCAAAAUUGACGAGGGUCUCUUUUUGGGUUCGGUUGGCACUGCAGCUAACAAGGAUGCAUUGAAAAACUUGAAUGUUACUCACAUUUUGACAGUGGCUGGUAAAUUGGAACCUGCACAUCCUGGGGAUUUUGUCUAUAAAAUUAUAGAUGUUGCUGACAGAGAGGAUGUCAACUUAAAACAACACUUCAGUGAGUGUUUUGAUUUUAUUAAUGAAGCCAAAAGACGUGGUGGAGGGGUCUUGGUUCAUUGUUUUGCUGGAAGAUCAAGGAGUGUGACUAUUGUUGUGGCAUAUCUGAUGAAGAAUCGUGGAAUGAGCUUAUCUGAAGCUCUGCAACGUGUAAAGAUUAAACGACCAAUAGCAGCUCCUAAUCCUGGUUUUGUUCAUCAGCUGGAGGACUUCGAAAAAUCCCUUCAAGAUUGGAUCUGUUUUGUUUUUGGAAAGACAUCGAAGUGUCUGAAUAUAGAACAUGAUGGAGAUUAGACAAGGUGGUGUAGAUAAGAUUUAUUGCAACAAUGGCAAUCACAUGAAAACAAGGCAGCAGGAGUUAGAUAUUGUAAUUGCAACUUCAUCUUCAGGUGCACAAGUCCCAUUUAGAAGAAUAAUGCAUUGCAGCUGUGCUCAUCAGUCUCUUUCUAUUCUAUGAAAUGUUGAAUUCAUUCUGCCUUUUCUCUUCCCAUGUAUGUUGUUGGUGCUUACAGGAGAAGAAAAAGUAGAACUUAGUGGAGUAUUGUUGGUUUAUACCCAAAGGAUGUACCUGAAAAUACUUUAGUUUUUUAAGUGGAUAGCACAUGAUGGCAAAGAAAAAACCAUACACGCAGUAGUAGGCCUACUUCAGAUGCAGCAAAAUAGAUUUCAAAUCAUCUAAUUUAAUCAUCCCAUAAAAAGAUUUAUAGGGCAAUUGUGCCCGACGGCUCGUAAGCAACUGCUAGAUAUAUUGUGAGUGGUGAAGAGGACGGGGUUUCUG